AUGUCAGCUUCCAAAGGCAUUGGCACAUUCGGUAGCGUAUCUCUACUCGUGUCCUCCAUGACGGGACCGGGUCUAGCAACCAUUCCACCUCUUUUUCAACAGUCUGGAUGGCUAGCCCCUACCAUCAUUUUCAUUGUGGUUGGUGUCUUGUCUGCUUUUUCUACCUUUUUCAUGUGCGAAGUAUUAUCAAGUAUCAAAGGAAAUGAAAAGUUCCAGGCCAAAGUUGAGUUUACCACCGUUGCUCAAUUGAUCUUGGGCAAGAAAUACCACUUUUUCUUCCAAAUCAUGCUCUUCAUUGCACUACAAGCCGUCAACGUGGCGAGUAUCAUCAUUGCUGGGCAGACCUUUGACGGCAUGAUCAUUACUCUUUUCAAAGGCACAUGUGGACUUGGUAUUGCACCGGGCGGUUGGUUUUGCAUUACUGAAGCAGUUGAAUUGGGCAAUUCGCCAUUCUCGAGCGAUGAUUACUAUAUCUUUACAUUUGGCUUUCUUUUGGCGGCUGUCAUGGUGAUUCCAUUGGGCUUCUUCACAUUGGUGGACAAUAUCAUUGUGCAAAUGACCUCGUUCAUUGUGUUGCUUGGUGUACUGCUUCAAUGGAUUGUAGCCUUUUGCCAAGAAGGACUCGACCCCUCAUUGUUGCCAGCCGUCGGACCCAAUUCCAAGAUGGUACUUGGCAUGGCAGUUUUCAAUUUCAGUUACAUCACCACGAUACCUACAUGGGUGAAUGAGCUUAAACCUCAUGUAUCCAUUCACAAGACGCUUGGCAUCUCCGUUGCCAUAUCCGCCGCCAUCUAUGUUAUGAUUGGCAUCUUUGGUGGCAUGGCAUAUCAAAUGGAAGCAUCUGCUGAUAUCACAGCCAUCCUAAGCCGACAAGGUUCGAUUGCCUCCAAAGUGACCGCUUACAUAUUCCCUGUGUGCGCUCUUGUUACCUCGAUUCCAGUCUUUUGUAUUGUCAUUCGCCAAAAUUUGAUCCGUGGUGGUCUUUGUGGCAACCCUAUGGCCAUCUUUGUGUCUAAUCUCCUUCCUUGGCUAGUUUGCAUCCCACUGCAAACGAAGGAUUGGAUUGGUGUCAUUCAAAAUUGGAGUAGCUUAUUCUUUCAAUCGACGGUCAAUUACAUCCUUCCGUUCAUCCUUUACUUUGCCUCUCGGAAAUACCUUGCGUCGGUUGUCACACCACCUGAAGAAAAGGCUGGUCCACCAGAACCCACUGAUGUGGUCAUGUACCAUCCCGAAGAAAAUCGCUCUGUAUCCAUCCGCCGUUCUGAGAUUGCCUAUCGCACCUCGCGUAUUAGUCGUAUGGAGCAAUCGGUGUUGAGCAAAUCACCUCGAUUUUCGGGUACACCUCGUUCACCCUUGUCACCACGUUCACCUCGCCUUCAUCAUCAUGGCGGUGAUUUUUCACCUGCACCACCUAUUGUAUUUUCGGAUGAGCAGCAACAACCUCCUCCUUCAUCCCUUCUUCAAGUGCCAUCAGCCAUCAGCCCUCAAAACUCACCACGUAUGACGACGACGACUGCUGGAGGAGGUGAUAAUAACAAGCAGCAACAUGGAUCACCUAUUAUGGGGGUCACUGAUUCGCCAAAGUUGAACGUGCCUGGUUCACCCAUUACAUCUCCAAAGAUGAAUUCACCAAACAAUAAGGCUCUCAAGGUACCUCCCACCACUUCUACAAGUCAAGGUGAUAGCUCUUCCAAUUCAAACAGCAAUCAAACAUUGGCCGCAUCCCCUGCUCAAGGCCUUGGUAUUACACCAUCCACUCCCAAUAACAAGGAAGACGAACACAAGACAUCUUCGUGGAUCCUCAGUGGUCUUUCAUUGCGCAACAACAGCAACAUCAAUCAUAACAACAACAACCUAUCGAGCGUCAUUGAAGAAGAAUCCAAAGUACAAGAGGAUGAUCAAAUGGAUGACCUACUUGAAGGACCUGGGUUCCAUGCUUUCAAGCCACGUAGGUGGCUCAAUCCGUUUUACAUUGCUGUCGUAUGCAGUGUAUGUAUGGGCGGCUCGAUUAUCUUUAUGAUCAUCUACGAUUUGACCUUAUUGGGUAUGGGUACAGACGUCUUUGACUAA